GCAGUCUCACGACAGUAGCGCACGCUUUCCGGCAGAUCCUGUAGCUGAGAGCUGAUGUUCACUGAUGCAGGAUCCAUCAAGAUCUUCUGUCUGACGGUGUUGUCUGCUCUUCUGAUGGUGUCAGUGUUGCGCUGGUCUGGAUUGCGGAUGUUCUCGAUGGCGUCUCAAACAUAUUCGUCCGGCACUCAUUCAGCAGCGUUCGUCACCUGCCCCAACGACACCGUGGCCAAACAGCUCGCCAGAGGAAUCGUGGAGAAGAAGCUGGCGGCGUGUGUGAACAUCAUCCCGCAGAUCACAUCUGUGUACGAGUGGCAGGGGAAGAUCGAGGAGGACAAUGAAGUUCUGCUGAUGAUCAAGACAAGAAGUUCAAAGAUUCCUGAUCUCGCCGAAUAUGUCCGCUCGAAUCAUCCCUAUGAAGUGGCCGAGGUCAUCAGUUUGCCCAUUGAUCAGGGAAAUCCUCCGUAUCUGAAGUGGAUUGGAGACGUAGUGCCGGAGUGACUCCAGUCUCCAGUGUUUUUUCCUCGUCUCAAUCCCAAUGUUUACUUUGCAGCAGAAGAAUAUCAGGAUAAGGUUAUGUUCCGGAUGAGCAGAUUGUUAUAAUUUACAGUGCAUUAAAGCGUCACACUCA